UGUGAUGUAGUAGCCUCGACUCUUUCUAAGUGUGCAUUUUGUGUGCAAUAUGCCUGUGUAGUCAUUGAUGAAUCUGCACAGUCAAUAGAACCAGAGACGUUUGGAGCUAUGAUCCGAGUCCAAAAGGCUGUUUUAAUAGGCGAUGUACAACAACUUCCACCAACUGUCCUUUCCACUGAAGGUAAAAAAGGUGGACUUGAAAAAUCGAUGUUUGAGCGACUUUUACUGAACAAAGUGCCAUAUGCGCUUCUAACCACUCAAUACCGUAUGCAUCCACAAAUCGCCAAAUUUCCAAAUGACAAUUUCUAUGCUGGAAAAUUACUGAAUGGGGUCUCCGAAGACGAUCGAAGUGAUCAACGACUUCAAGGAAUACUACCAAACCCACUAUUUCCAGUGAUGUUUGUUCAUUGCAAAGGCGAUGAAUUUUAUGGUGUUUCUGGGAAGAGUUAUGGUAAUUCACAAGAAAAGGAAGUUGUUCAAUACUUGAUAGAUCUUUUUAAUAGGAAAGGAAUAAAAGAUAAUGAAAUUGGUAUUAUCUCACCAUAUUCAACUCAAAGGGAGUUACUUGGAGUUGCACAUAAGACUAUUGAAGUCGCAAGUGUUGAUGGCUUUCAAGGAAAUGAAAAGGAGUUUAUCAUCAUUUCAUGUGUGAGAUCAAAUGAACAACAAGGAAUUGGAUUUUUGUCUGAUCACAGAAGACUUAAUGUCGCUUUAACACGUGCGAAACGCGGACUAGUUAUAGUAGGCGACGCACAUACUUUAAUUUCAAAUCAAAUAUUCAGAAAUUUAAUGAAGUACAUCUAUGAUAGAGGAAAUUUUGUUCAUGUUAUUAAAAAUGAAGAGAUGAGUGGAGAGGGCACUCCAAGCCUCAAUGAAACAUCUCAUUCAAGUCAAAGUGAAGAUGAAACAGAGGCAGAAGAAUAUAGUUAA